AUGCACGCACCGGGGCCGCGCGGGGGUGAGGGCCGGCCGCGCGGGGGGAGGGGCGCGAGCGGAACGAGGCAAAGUGAAUGUCCUCCGGCAGCACGUGGAGGCCCGCACCGCGGUUUCGAACAGAUAGUGCGGCGGUGGGCCUCCACGUGUUUGGGCCAGCGACCCCGUAUCCGCACUCUGCCGCGCCCCGCUCACCCCGCCUCACCCCCGCUCGCGCCCUGCUCCCACUUUCGAUGGGGAGUGCGAACAAUCGAGCGGCGUGAGGGUGCGAGGCGCGAGGGUGCGGGGGUGCGCGCGGAGGGUGCGGGGGGUGCGCCGACACGCGCUGCAGCCGGUCAGCGAACGUUCGUGUCCGCGGUGAUGAGGCCCCCGGCGCGUGCGGCUCGCGCCCGAUUCAACCUUCCUCAACGCGACCGCCGCUGA